GAGGUGGGGGCAGUGAUAAACUCACCCGGGCCACGAUAGAUAAGGUCGUAGAGGAUGGUGACCUGGAUCAUGUCCAUCAAUUUCAGAUGCGUCUUCAUAGGCAAACGCGGAAGGAGCGUGAUGAGGCCACUACAGAGACUCUAGGGGUAAAACGGAUCAUCGCGGAGGUGCUCGCGAAGAUGGGUUAUGGAAAGGACUCGGUGGUGCAGAGAAAGGUGGUGACCACGGUUCAAGGGAGAGGACAUGAACUGGUUGUGGAAAAGGUUGUCCAAGGAGAGUGGGACGAAGAGGAGACGGUGCCCCAGCACCUCGUAAAGGCACGACAUAAGCAGCGCAAUCUGGCACAAGACGGGCAGAGCUCCAGAAAAGGGCAAGCGCCUGAAGCGUUGACAGUGGCUCCACGAACCCGGACCAGGGCCCAGAACAAGGCGAUCGCUAGUCAGGAGCCUCCUCGAAAGGAGCCUGAGCAAGAGCGAUGGAAAAAGGUCGUGGAGAUCGAGGAGGACGACAAUGAAGAUGAGGAGGAUGAGAGGCUUCGCCAAAAAGAAGAUCAAAGGGCGGAGCAAAGGGCUAAGAAAAGAGGAGUCCAGGAGAAGGCCGAACCAAUUCUACGUGAUGUGGCACCAAAGAAGAAGAAGCAUGCGGUCCCGCUGGAAGAAGGCUUCGACGUGGAGAGGAUGGUGGACAGGUUGCUUGAAGGUCACAAUGACCUCAUGAACCUGAAAGACAUUCUGACUUCCGCUCCCAAGUUCCGUGAUGGGUUGAAGGGAAGACUUUUGCGGCGGUUGGUGCCAAAUGUUCGUAGUACGAUUCUGCCUAAGGAGGCAGAAUGGGCGGAAACGGGGACAAGGAUGAACUAAAAGUGUGUGGCCUGCGGGUUUGUGGAUCUGAUGGUGGAAAGUUCAAAGUGCACCUUUAUAGUGGAUACGGGUGCAGAGAUGAAUAUCCUACGAAAAGUCAAUGCAGUUAGGCUGGGUAUGGAGAUAAACCGCUCAUAUUGUG